GCCGCCGGCCCCGCCCCUCGCCCCGCCCCGCCCAGCACCGGCUCCACGUGGUUUUCACCGCUCGCCCCGGACCCGGUGGUCCCUGGGGAUCUCCAGGUUGGGGUGGUUGGAAGCACCACACGCACCCAGGGGGGUCGGUCUGCGACUUCUCCCCGAAACGUGCUGGGAACGCGCUCUGCGGGCAAAGCUGGACCCACCGGCGGCUUCCGACGACGAGCUCGCGACGGAGCGCCCCGGAGACCAGUGAGCGGCCGAGGGGAAGGACAGUCCGCGGUCACGGCCGCAGCGCCAUGGCCGCGCCCGCGCGCCGGCUGUGCCACAUCGCCUUCCACGUGCCCGCGGGGCAGCCGCUCGCCCGGGACCUGCAGCGCCUCUUCGGCUUCCAGCCGCUGGCGGCGCGGGCGGCGGGCGGCUGGCGGCAGCUGGCGCUGCGCAGCGGCCGCGCCGUCUUCCUGGUGAACGAGGGCGCGGGCGCCCCGGAGCCGCUCUACGGCCUGGACCCGCGCCACCCCGUGCCCAGCGCCGCCAACCUGUGCUUUGAGGUGGCGGACGCGGGGGCGGCCGCCCGGGCGCUGGCGGCGAAGGGCUGCUGCGUGCCGGUGCCCCCGGUCCGUGUGCAGGAUGCGCUGGGCGCCGCCACCUACGCCGUGGUCAGCUCGCCCGCAGGCAACCUCAGCCUGACGCUGCUGGAGCGCACCGACUACCGCGGGCCCUUCCUGCCCGGUUUCCGACCUCUGCCCUCCACCGCAGGCCGCGGCUGGUUCAGCCACGUGGACCACCUCACCCUGGCCUGCACCCGCGGCAGCUCCCCUAGCCUGUUGCGCUGGUUCCAGGACUGUCUAGGCUUUCACCACCUGCCUCUGAGCCCAGGUGAGGACCCGGAGCUGGGCUUCGAGGUGACAGCGGGCUCCGGACAAGGGGGGCUGAGGCUCACUGCCCUGCAGACCCCGCCAGGCAGUGCUGUCCCCACCCUCGUGCUGGCCGAGUCCCUGCCGGGGGCCGCCGGCGGCCUGGACCAGGUGCAGCAGUUCCUGGCCCAGCACGGAGGACCGGGCCUGCAGCACGUGGGACUGUACACACCAAACAUCAUAGAAGCCACCGAAGGGGUGACACUGGCUGGGGGCCAGCUCCUGACCCCUCCGAAGGCCUACUACCAGCGGCCAGGCAAGGAAAGUCAGAUCCUCGCUGCAGGCCAUGAGCCCGACCAGCUGGCCCUGCAGGGGAUCCUGCUAGACGGCGACCAAGGCAAGUUCUUGCUCCAGGUCUUCACCAAGUCCCUCUUUGCGGAGGGCACCUUCUUCCUGGAGCUGAUUCAGAGGCAGGGGGCCACAGGCUUUGGCCAGGGCAACAUCCAGGCCCUGUGGCAGUCCGUGGAGGAGCAGGCUGCCAGGGGCCAGGAAGCCGGAGCUGGCAGCCACCUGUCCUAGAGGCCUGGGGGUUCCGCGGGGGCCCGGCGGAAUAAGGCUUUGUCCCUACGGCCAGGUGUGGCCGCCAUUCACCAGCACCUGCCAGGAGCUGAAUCUCUCACUGGGGUCCAAAGAAGUCAGUUUGUUUUUAAGUAUAAAACACUUUUUACAGUCUAUAUAUCUAAUAUAUAUAGGAGAUAUAAAGAAUAAAGGAGUGUAACUCCUUUAGGAAAUAGAACAAAACCAAUGCUCUUGAAGACUUUUAUGCACUCUGACCACAUUUCCCUUCAUCCACUCCCAAUUUUAGGAUUAUUAACCCCUUGCUUUUCUGUAUUGAUUCACUACCUGUGUGAUUUAUCCCCAAAUAAAUGAUUUCUUAUUUGAGGUA